AUGCUGAGUAGCAGGAGCGUCCUUGCUCAUUAUGAUGAGUCAAAGCCGCUGGUCCUGGCAUGUGAUGCCUCUCAAUACGGUCUGGGGGCUGUGCUGAGUCAUAGGGAACCGGAUGGGUCGGAAAAGCCCAUCUCUUUCUAUUCCCGUACGUUGUCGCCCACAGAGCGCAACUAUGCUCAAAUUGAUAAAGAGGCACUGGCUAUUGUGUCCGGAAUCAAAAGGUUCUAUGAUUAUUUGUACGGUCGCCAUUUCUCCAUUGAAACGGACCACAAACCACUGUUAGGGUUGUUCAACCCAAACAAACAAACGCCACAAAUUCUCUCCCCCAGAAUGUUGCGUUGGUCAAUAUUCCUGAAUGGGUUCCAGUACACCUUGACCCAUGUGCCGGGGAAACAGUUGUGCCAUGCUGAUGCGCUGAGUCGAUUGCCCCUUCCUGGCGGGAGCAAUGAGGAUCCUGCUCCGGCGGAGCACAUUAUGAUGCUAGAAACACUUCCGGGGGCUCCUGUAACAGCUACGGAUAUAGCUGAGAAAACUAGGAAAGAUGCUGUUCUCUCCCGUGUGCUCACUUGGGUGGGGAGGGGGUGGCCAGGUGGUCCGCAUGAAGAAAAAUUCAGGCCUUAUGCGACAAGGCAGCACGAAUUGUCCAUGCAUAAGGGUUGUCUCCUAUGGGGAGAUAGGGUGAUAAUCCCAGCACCACUGAGAAACAGGGUUCUUGAGACGCUUCACAUGGGACACCCGGGAAUGGUCAGGAUGAAGUCGCUAGCCCGAUGUUAUGUGUGGUGGCCUGGAAUGGACCAGAACAUAGAACAAUGGGUACGAACAUGCAAGGCAUGCCAAGAGGUGCGGCCAGAAGUGGCCAGAGCACCAGUCCACUGGUGGGAGCAGUCCAGGACUCCCUGGAGCCGGCUGCACAUAGAUUUUGCUGGGCCAUUCCAAGGGAAGGUUUUUUUGGUUAUCGUUGAUGCAUAUUCCAAAUGGUUAGAAGUGGCGAUGGUCCCUAGCAUGGCAUCAGCUGCCGUAAUCAAGGUGUUGAGGCAGCUGUUUGCUACCCACGGGUUACCUGAGACCAUUGUAUCAGAUAAUGGGGCAGCUUUUGUAUCCCAAGAAUUCAGGGCAUUCUUGGCUGAUAACUUUAUAAGAGGGGUCACAUCCGCGCCCUUUCACCCAUCCUCCAAUGGGCAGGCUGAGCGCAUGGUAAGAACAGCCAAAGAAUCCAUUGCGCGCUUAAUGGAGGGUAACUGGUCGGCUCGCAUUGCGCGAAUGUUAUUUUUGCAGCAUGCGACGCCGUGUACUGCGACGGGCAAGUCGCCAGCCGAGCUGCUCUUAGGUAGAAGACUGGUAACGGUGCUGGAUUAUGUCCACCCAGAUAAAAUGCCAAACCGUAAUUCAAGAGCAACCCCCCAGGCUGAGACUGACACAACAAGGUAUCUCGCCCCUGAAGAUCUGGUCUGGGUGAGGAACUAUUCACGAGGUCCGCGGUGGGUGGCCGGUGUGAUCACCCGGGCUAGUGGACCUGUGUCCUAUUAUGUGACCUUGGAAAAUGGGCAAGUUUGGAAGAGACAUAUAGAUCAGCUGAGGCGCCGGGCGCUCAGCAGGGAGGAGUCAGAUAAUUCAUCCCUGGCUAAUGACGCACAGCUGCACUUCUCCUAUGGCAAAAACCGGGGUAUACUUUAA